AUGUUGUUAAAAAGUAGUCUAUUGCUCUUGUUUACAUUUUGGAGAUUUCAGUGUCUAACGAUACCAAAAAACCAAACUAUACUCGCUGUGAAAACUACCAAAAAUCGAUUUACACUCCAACAUAAAAACUACACCGUUAAGCACAAAGAAAUAUUAAUCGGAAAAGCAAAGUUUAUUGAUAACAUCAAUAGUACGGGGUAUGUAAUUAGAAUUUUUUAGAUCAUCAGCGUUAUGAGAAGUGUAUUAGUUUCACUGUGGAUAUUUGUAUUGUUUUUUUUUGGGGGGGGGGGGGGGGGGGGAGUUAAUAACAAUUAUUCUAUCAACAAUUUUGCUUAAUCAAAAAGUGACAAGAGAUCUUUUUUGUAUAAUGUUGGACUUAGUUGGCGUAUUGACCAUCUCAUUUAUUGAUUUAUUGAAAAGCCGGAAAAACCAUGUAGGAAAACGGACAAAUAUUUAUUUUCAAAGUUCUUAAUUUUGGUUUUAUAAUAAAAAUCAAAAUACAAAUUUCAAAAGUAGUAUAUUUUUCAGAAAAAAAAUAUUUUCUAAAUGAUGAAUACGAAAGUCAUUUUAAUUAAUCCGUAUCGUUUUCUAAAUAAUAGGGAAAAAACGUAGGAAAGACGGGAAACAUUACAUUACCGGCUCAUCACUAUUGUUUUUUAAUGUUGCAAUCCGGUUAAACAUAAUCGUAGAGACCUGAAAUUUUCACAGAAUAAGCCGAGUAAAAUUUUUAAAACUUUUUGGCUAUUUCUGAGUUAUUUAUAGGUAUUUGACAAUUUCGAUUGUAUUAUAGUUUUUAUUUGGUUUUUAUGUGGAUAAAAUUGUUUGGCCAAACAGAAAUUCUGGGCAAUUUUAUUCUAGGUUCACUAAAGGUUUGAAUUUGAGGUAAAAAAAAAAAAACAGUUUACACUAAACUUGAAGUAGUUUUUUUUAAAAGCGUUUCAUGGGUACCUAUAAUACAUAAUGACAUUUUUACAAAACAAUAUUAUCUGCAGACAAGUACGCGAUAAUCUUUCAAAAUUGACUCGUUACCGUUAAACAAAUAUUUUCACAUUUAAACGAGUUAGUGGGUGUUUGAUUUUUAUAUUUAACUCCUAAGUUCAUAAAAUUAACAAAAGUUUUGCAUAGUUUUACCAAGAUAUACGGGUUUUUUUUAUUUUCAGAUGGAGUUACUUGGAGAUUCGGACUAUAGAACUAGCCAGAGACAUAGACCAAGCGUACGCGGCCGGAUUUUUGGAAGGAUCGUUAACCGCCGAUCUCAUAUACAGCCAUUGGUACAAUACAGUGAGAGGGUACUGCAUUGACCGGCCGACUAUCUGUAAAAACUUGACAGAUUUCUUAACGACUAAUAAAAAUUGGAUUUCGUCAAAAUUUAACAAAUACAGUCCUUACUGGUUUCAGGUAUUCCAUAGAACGCGUUCGAUAAUUCACCGUCAUGGUGUCGUCAUUUAUGGUUUUCGAACAUUUGAACAGGUCAAAUUAAAAAAAAAAAAAAACCAUCGGAUAUUUUUAGAUUUUCCCAUUGGUAUCUUAUAGGCUAUAGAGUUUAAUUCCAACUUCCGAUGUAAUAUAUAUUUUUGUUAAAAUUUGAAUGCACACAACAUUUAACCAUCGAUUUAUUAUUAAAUGCAAUAUUUCAAAAAUAAGAAGUAAUGUGAUUGACACAACCGACAGCUUGAACAUUUUUUUUUUUUUUCGUACAUCUACUGUAAUAUUUUGAUGUACCUAAUAAAUAAUAAACUGCGGCACACCCUAAUCCAAAAUUGACGCCACUGUUUUUGACCCGAUCUAUUGUACUCGUAGCAUAAUAUAACGUUUCAAAUUGAUAUAUUUUUUUCGAAAGGUGACUCUCUUUUACAAACAACUGGACGGCCUGCACGAAGGAUACAUGCGCGGCAAGUCAGACCACACACCCGACUUGUCUUGGAACGAUUUAUUGUGAGAUUUUUCCGUCGCCAUAAUAAAAUAAUAUCAUAUUCUUAUGCUGCUAUCUGUUAUAAUUAUUCUUUGUUUUUAAUAUAUAUAAAUAUCGUUAUAGCUGGCUGAACGCCAUAUCCGAAUUGGAUGACAUAUCCCAGGCGUUGAACCCGUCGGAAGUGGAUCGUAUAAAAGUUUUGGGAAGCGGUUCUUGUUCGGCUCUCGUCAAAUUGUUACCCGGAAACAAGGACCUCUUGGUAUCGCACGUCACUUGGGACGGGUAAACGAUAUAGGAACGAACAACAGUUUCAUAACAUAAUAUUAAUAUUGUUAUAGUUUAUUAUGAAAUCUGUAUAGACGUACAUUAUGAAUAUGAGGGAAACAAAUAAUAUUAAAUUAAAAUACCGAUUAUUAAUGGUUACUAAACAUUUCUCAAUACAACACCAUACUAAAUAAUAACAACUCCUUGCUCGAUUUUGUAUUUUCAAUGACUAAAAGUUCUUAAACCAAAAUUUAUUUCGUUUUACCAAAGUUAAUCUUGGAGUAAUCUUUGACUCAAAACUUUUAUUUAAUCUCGAGAUAUUAGCAAAAAAAAAGCUCUUUCAUUAAUUGGCAUGGUUAAGCGAAAAUGCUCUAACUUUAAUGAUCCAUUUAUAUUAAAAUGUCUUUACACUUCAAUCGAUUAUUCGGUAUUGGAAUAUACUCCAAUCAUAUAGGAAACAUAUAACAUCAGUAAUUAGUGAACAAAUAGAAAAAAUUCAAAAUAAUAUGCUUCGUUUUAUCUGUUUUAAAAACAAUUCAUAUAGGUAUUUAUACCUAUUCUCUUCACUCUCGAUAUAAUGCCAUUUUUAUUUUUUUAAAUUUAAUACCAUUAAGGGAAAAAAAACAAUUUUAUAUAACUUUCUUAUUCAAACUACUUAAUAAUAAAAUAGACGAAACCUCCCCUUCUGAAUAACAUUACUCUAAAAGUAAAUUAAAAUAAAAUUCGAAAUAAAGAAUUAUUUUAUAUAAAACAUUAUUCUCAAAAUUAUAUGUCAUGUACACCUGUAAAUAUCUUGCUAUCUACUGGGAAUUCUGUAAAUCAUUUAGUUUUCUUUUACUCUAUUAAUCAAACUUAAUAGUACUUAUUAUUAUAUACUUAUUUGUGUUUUAUAUUUCAUCUUCUUAUUGUUUUGAUAUAUUUUAGCAUCUAUGAUACCUAAUUUUAUAUUGUAUUUACAAUCUACACUAUUAUAUUAUUAUAUGUGUUUCGAUGUGAAUUAGACUGAUGUCCGUUAAAUAAAUAAAUAAAUAAAUAAAAAAUAAAUAAAUGAUUAAAUGAAUAAAAAAUUAAUUAAUUACGCUGAACUCAUGGUAAUUGUCGAUGUCACGUUAUACUGUAUAUCGAUCGUAUGUUCGUUUAAAAUAAACGCGCUCAUAUUAUAUAAAAAUAAUCUAUAAACAGAGGUUAAAAAAAAUAUACACAAUGGGUUGCAGAUACGAAACGAUGUUGAGAAUACAAAAGCGAUACAGUCUGCGGUACAAGAAAAGCCAUACGUCUAAAAAACUGAUACGCGGGUUCGACAUGGCAUUCAGCUCUUCCCCCGGCACCAUACAUUCCGGAGACGAUUUCUAUCUAAUUUCUUCAGGGCUAGCUACGAUGGAGACCACCAUUGACAAUUACAACCAAUCACUGUGGUCCAACGUGAAGCCAGUUGGUCAGGUAAAUAAACUUAUUUAUUCAUGGGGUGAUCCAUUUUUGUGACCCCCUUUUCAAACUUAAAUGUGGAUUAUCUCGUCAACGGAUUGAUGUAAAUGAAAAUAUUAACACUAAAAUAUAUUUAUGGAUUUAUAUGGAUUUUUUAGUUUAAGGUGGUUAUUUGAAAAUAUAAAAGUAUAGGUAGUCGUUUCAUUUCCAAAAUUAAGGAAGAAAAAAAAAAUGAUUUUCAUGUGAAAUUUUAAACCUGCUAGUUUUUUAAAUCAACGAGAAAAAAAUAUUCGAAAAGUCAAUACUUAUCAAAAUAUCAAGUGUAACCACUUUAAUGAAUCACUCUGAACACGAAACCUGACGAUUAUUGUGUCAUAACCACAGUUAAUUCGUCUUAACACGACCUAUACCUAGUGCUCCAAUUGUGUUUGUGAAUGUGUGUAGGAGGGAGAUACACUGGUGGAUGGAGUAAAUUCACAUUUUUUUUUAUAGAUUUUAGCUUACUACUUUAUAAUUUAACUAAACUCUUUAGAACUAUUUUGUAGAAAUAUGUUUUUAUUAUAUACAACAAAACUAUUAAUUAUUCUUAUGACCCAAAAUUAAAAUUCAUUUUUUUGUUAUUUGGCAUUUAGACGUAGCGAAAAAUAUCAAAAUACUUUUUAUUCAACUUUGUAUUUUAUUCUCAAACAAAAAAGUCCGUCAUUUUACAAGAUUGUCAAUUGUUUUACUUUUCGAUCGUUUUCUUAGACCUAAAAAUAGAGACUACCCUAAAAUUCUACCUUUUUUUCUAUUUUUUUUCAAUACCUAGGUCCGCUAUUACCAAUGUGAACGAAGGCUGAUUUAUUUGAUUAGUAAAUCGAGUGUAUGGCUGAUAUCGGUUACCUCGUAAACUUCGUUUAAUCAACGAUUACUCUGCGUUGGUGAAAACUGCCGUUUAUUGUGUUUUGCGUUUAACAAGGUGAAUUUAAUUUAUGUGAUGAUAGUGUUAUUAUUUUGUUAAUGGCAACAAUUCUUAGCAAGGUAUUUCACACUUUUAUUUUUUGUGAAAUAAAAUAUUUAAUUUACUUGGUGUAUAGGAGGUGCGGGGAACAAUACAUUUUCUGAACUAAAAUUAGCGUCCGACCUAAUUUAAUUUUUUUCCAAUUAGCACACUGCAAAUAUUCGAUCUAGGACGAAUAGACGUGAUGACCGUUUAGAUAAUGGGAUAAUAAUUAGAUGUUAAAAAAAAAUAAUAAUAAUAAAAUGUUGUUGCUAAAUAAAUAUAGAAAUAUAACUAAGGCUAGUAAAAAAAAAAAAAUUAAAAUAAAAUAUCAAAAAUAAAGUGCUAAAUCUAUUUAUUAUAAUAAGUCAACAAAUGUUUUUUAAAAAAAAGAGAAAAAUAUAAUAGUUAAAAAGUCAUUUUUCAUAAUAUUACUAAGUGAAAUAUUUUGAGUGAUUCCACGUAAGAAUGUUGUUUUAGUUCUGCUUGCCAUAAUUUUGAACAAUUCUUAAAAUUCGUUUAUCCACAUCAAUAAAUUUCUUUAAUUUUCUAUGGAGACUGUUUCAAGUUGGCUGUAAAAUACUUCUCAUCCAGUUGUACUUUUCUUAAGAAAUUGAUAAAAGACCACAAACUUGGAUGUAAUGUACAACAAUAAACGAUAAGAUUAGUUAUAUUAUGUAGGUACUAAAGUACGCGUUAUUGGUUCUAUAAUUUAAAUAAAUAAACUAGAACUAAAUUCAAACUUUACGUGGAAAUUUAUAUUACAUUUUUAUUUUUCGUUUAAAAUAUUUCGCUUAAUUAAUAUUAUGUAUUUCAUUUUUUAAUUAUAAUAUUUUUACUUUCAAAAGAAUUUGUUUAAAACUUUGUUUUUGACGUCCAAACGGCCACGUCCAUUUGUCCCUAUUUGACCUGAAUUUAUAAUAUUAUGUUGCCUGUGAUGUAGGUAUUGGAAUUCGUGCGUGCGAUGGUCGCCAACCGGAUAGCUGAAAACCCGGCGGACUGGGCGGAUACAUUCAAACUUUACAACAGUGGCACGUAUAACAACCAGUGGAUGAUUAUCAACUACGCGGCCUUCGAACCGGGAAACUCAUUACCGACCAAGGAUGUGCUGCACGUUCUUGAACAAAUGCCCGGUUACGUGGUACACGAAGACCUUACCGGGCAUUUGAUCAACCGAACGUAUUGGGCUAGUUACAACGUCGCAUACUUCCCGUUCGUGUUCAACAGGACCGGCAACUACGAUUUGGAACAGCGUUACGGUAAAUGGUAAAUACCACGCGAUUACCUACACAUAAUAGUGACUGCGACACAACUAAUGAAACAAUCUGACAUUUGUAAAGGGGGGAGGGGCUAUCUCAAAACGUCUAUUUGUAUACAUAUUAUACGUUUGUACGAAAUUAUAUUAUAUUAAUAAUAAAGGCCGGUCACUUAUACUAACAUAGGUUCUCAUAUUCGGAUACGCCCCGGGCACGGAUAUUCGCCCGGGAUCACGUAAAUAUCCAUUGCGACCAGUGUAUGUGGCAUUUGAUGCGGUCCAACGACUUCAAAAACGAUCCCGAGUCCAGGUGCGAUUGCAGUCCGCCAUACUCGGCAGAAAACGCGAUUUCGGCCAGGUAUUUUCGAUUGCUCACAAUUGGUGAUAACGAUAAACCGUAAAAAUAAUAAAUAUUAUAUCAUCCGUCUGUAGAUGUGAUUUGAAUCCCGCCAACGGAUCGUAUCCCAUACCGGCGAUGGGACAUCGGUUGCAUGGUGCUACGGACGUUAAGCUCACCACGAGCAAGUUGUUUCAACGGUUGGAGUUUAAGGCUGUCUGCGGACCGACCCCGGGGACCAACAACACUCUGGGGCCAUUUUGUUGGUCAAAGUCCGAUUACAACGACAAAGUCAGUCAUGUCGACCAGCCCGACUGUUUCAAUUUCGAUCCGGUGGUACACCAAUGGUCUUUAUAA